UCCAACUUUUCCCCGAAAGCUAAAAUGAAAUCCUCCCAGUCAGGAGACAAAUUCACCGUUUUACUAUUAAAACAGGGAUUUUUCUCCACAGCAGCAACAACAAACCGUACGGACGCUGGUCGACAUGGACUGAAGUCCGUCGCAAAUAUUCGACCCAUCGGAUAAUCUCGAGGCAUGGCAGAGGGCGAGGAGGCCAUGAGCCAGGAGGUCUGGAAGGAGAAGUGCGUGGUCCUGGAGGCGCUGCUCAUGAAGUUCCGAGUGCAGGUCAUCAAGAUUCGAGAGCUCACCGCCGACAAGAUUCAACAAUUGGAGACGCAGGUGACAGAUGCCGAAAAACGGGCCUUUGCCGAUCACCAGCAGGUGCAGUGGAUGGAGGAGAAGCUGAAGGCCUCCGACAGCCAGUCGGGGGACUCGGAGGUCCGUCUUUUCCGACGGUGCCAGGAGCUGCAGGCUCUGCUGCAGGAGAAGGAGGACGUCAUCGCCCAGCUGGAGCAGCAGCUUGAGGAGCAGAAACAGAUCCGACUUCAGGACGCCAAAACAGUGGAGGAGAAAGCCGCUAAGAUCAAGGAAUGGGUGAUGCUGAAGUUGUCCGAGUUUGAGAUGGAGAACGCCGCGUUGAGAGAAACCAACAAGCAGCAGGAGGCUCAGAUUGGCGAGUUGCAGAAACAAGUGCAGUCCCUCGAGCAGAAGUGCGGCGGCGGAAGAGAAGUCCUGUGCAAACCAGGCGAGGCCAAGCGGCUCAGCAGCCUGACGUUUGGCUGUUUCCAGGUGAGGGGGAAGAGCCCGCAAGUGCUCGUCGGACCAGCACCGUGCCAGAGGACCGUCAGCAGCCAGGAGGAGACGGAGGGCAGAGACACAACCAAAGAAGCCUCCUCUGGGACAAACGGUGAAGUCCGGACACCGGACCCUACCGGACCUCAGGAGGGCGACAGUGCAUUCGAAAGCCUUGGUGGGAGCGCACACAGACCCGAGUCUCGUGGCGUCUCCUCGGUGCUCUCCAGCGCUGCCUCUGAUGGAGGAGGAGCAGGUCGAGGAGGAGGCGGCGGCGGCGGUCCCGAGUCCAGCCGCCCCGGCAGUGAGACCUACCUGACCGCUUCGGACGACAGCAGCUCUCUGUUUGACGACGACAUGCAGCGGGCUGAGCGGCCCGGCUUCGGCCUGCUGGGGGCGCCCGAUGGGAUGCUUGGGGGGUACAAGGGGGAGGCGGAGGAGGAGGCACACGGGGCCAAGCUGGAGGACCUCACCUCUGAGGAGCUCAACAAACGUUUCAAGUCCCAGCGACUCGACUCGUCAUCCUCGUCGGGCGAAGGCAACACCCCCAGCCCCAUUCUCACGCCGGCCCUCACCCCUAAACGAGCUAACUCGCUCAGGACCCGAGGGAACCCGGCCUCGCCCAAACAGCCCCGGCUGCGGACCCCGGCGGGCUUCGGAUUGACGAAUGCGGCCCUGGCCAAGAGACACCUGAGCCAGCCCCCGACCAGCACCGAGGCACCGCAGGGACGCACGCGCAACGCUCUCAGCAUGCUGCGCACGCUCCGCCCGCAGGAAGCCGACCUGGACCAGGAGCAGCGGGUUGGCAUGGAGACGGCCAGGGAAAUGCCUCCUCAAAGCUCAAGGGCCGGUCAUGCGUUUACAGCCCUGCAGACCUCGCGUGGCCUCCCGGAACCUGGUGCGGAGGUCGGCGGUGAUAUCUCAGCUCCCCCUACGCCCCCGCUGCACCGGCUGCCCUCCUGGGAGCGGCGCAUCUAUGCCGUGGCUAAGUCAGGAAUCCGCCUGUCGGAGACGUCCUGCACGGGCCCCACUACCAAAGACCCCUCCCUCCUGUCCUCCUAUCCCGCCUUCGCGAUGUACACGUCCCUCGUCUAUAAGAACAUGACUGCGCCGGUUUACACCACUCUGAAGGGGAAAGCCACCCUGCUGAGCAGCAGCCCUCUCUCGGACGAGUCGUCCAGCUCCGAGGAGUCGUCCAGCUCGGGGGAGGAGGACGGCUCCCUCUGCAGCUCCCGCGCCUCCUCCAGCUCCCGCAGGGACGGCAGCCCGCGCUCCCUCAAGAGAGCCGUGUCCAUGUCCUCGAUGACGUCAGAGAGCGACUACGCCAUCCCUCCCGAUGCCUACUCCACGGACACAGAGUGCCCCGAACCGGAGCAGAAGCUGCCGAAGACCUGCUCCUCAGACGGCGACAGGAGCGAACCAAUGGAGAAGUCAGGCUACCUGUUGAAGAUGGUGAAGACCUGGAAGAAAACUUGGAAGAGACGCUGGUUUGUCCUCAAAGACGGAGAGUUACUGUACUACAACUCACCCAGCGACGUGAUCAGGAAGCCUCAGGGUCAGAUCGAGGUCAACGCCACCAGCAGCAUCGCCCGCGGAGACGGAAAACAAGUUCUCCAGGUCGUGACGGGGAAGCGCGUGUGCUACCUGAAGGCCGACUCGCCCAACCUGCUGGAGGAGUGGCUGCGGGUGCUGCAGAGCGUGCUCAGGCUGAAGGCCGCGAGUCCGCUCUUCACCCAGCCGGAUAUUCGCCCCGGCAUGAAGGGACUGCUCAUCAAGGUGAAGCACGGCUACUCCAAGCGGGUUUGGUGCGCUCUGAUCGGCAAAACCUUGUACUAUUUUCGCAGUCAAGAGGACAAGUUCCCCCUGGGCCAGAUUAAGCUGUGGGAGGCCCGGGUCGAGGAGGUGGACAGGACGAAGGACUCAUGUGAUGACCUGAAGGCGUGUGGGCGGGGCUUAGACGCGGCCCAUUUCAUCCUCGCCGUCCAUCCACAGGAGCAAGGGCCCACCUACCUGCUCAUCGAGUCCCGCCACGAAAAGGAGUCGUGGCUCUACCAUCUGUCUGUGGCAGCGGGCGCCGCAGUGAGCAAAGUCGGCACUGAGUUUGAACAACUGGUGGGGAAACUCUUCCAACUGGAUGGAGAUCCGGACUCUCAGAUCUGGAGACACCCCAUGUUGUGUUUCAGUAAGGAAGCCCUGUUGUCUCCUCUCACCACGCUGCCCUCACAAGCUCUGCAGACCGAGGCCGUUAAACUCUUUAAGACUUGUCAGCUUUUCGUCAACGUGGCCAUCGACGCUCCGGCCAUCGACUACCACGUCUCGCUGGCCCAGAGUGCCUUGCAGGUGGGCCUGGCCCACCCCGAGCUGCAGAACGAGUUCUUCUGCCAGCUCAUCAAGCAGACCCAGAGAAGGCUGCCGCAGGGCCAUCCGGGUCCCCUGCAGGGUUGGCAGUUUCUAGCCCUGUGUGUAGGACUGUUUCUGCCCCAGCAUCCGUUCCUCUGGCUGCUCCAGGUUCACCUCAAACGACACGGAGACUCCAGGACGGAGGUGGGUAAAUAUGCCGUCUACUGCCAGCGCUCCUUGGAGCGGACCCAGCAGAAGGGCGAGAGGCAGGCCAGACCGUCCCGCAUGGAGAUCCUGUCGAUCCUACUAAGGAAUCCCUAUCAUCACUCCCUGCCAUUUAGCGUCCCUGUUCACUUCCUCAACAACACCUACCAGGUGGUGAGCUUCGAUGCUUCGACCACGGUGGACGAGUUCCAGUGUCGUCUCAACCAGGACUCCGGCAUAAGGAAGACGGGGUUAUCCUGUUUCAGCUUGUACACCGAUGAUCCCACUGGACGAGAGCUGGAGCACUGCCUCCAAGGAGGCAUCAAGAUUUGUGACAUCAUCUCCAAAUGGGAGCAAGCCUCUAAAGAGCAGCACACUGGGAAGUCUGAAAACACCAGGACGGUCCGCCUCACCUACAAGAACAGGCUUUACUUCUCUCUCCAGGUCAGGUGGGAGUCAGAGAGGGAGAGGUUGCUGCUGGCAUACCAGACAAAUGAGGCCAUUGUCGCGGGACAUUUCCCUGUCAACAAAGAGCUGGCUCUGGAGAUGGCUGCCCUGCUGGCCCAGGUGGAGUUUGGGGACUUUGAGCGUCCCUUCUCUGCCCCUGGACCAGCCCAGACCAAGUCCAACCAAACCCUGAAGCAGGUCCUGGACAGAUUCUACCCUAAACAUUACCGCAAGACCAUGUCUGAGGAGCAGCUCAGGCAACUGCUGCAGCGUCUCUCCGCCCGCUGGGCCUCCCUGAGGGGUCGAAGCUCCUCCGAGUGCGUAAGGAUCUACCUCACCGUUGCAAGGAAGUGGCCUUUCUUUGGUGCCAAAUUAUUUGAAGUAGAAUCCAUCACUUCCUCUCCGGAGCAAGGGGCACGCGUUUGGCUGGCCGUGCAUGAAGAUGGCGUCAGCGUUCUGGAGCACAGCUCUGUGAAGCCGCUGGCGUCCCACUCGUACAGGAACCUGAUGACGUUUGGGGGCUACAAGCAGUACUUCAUGCUGCUUGUCGGUCAGAACACCAACGGCAGCAAAGAGAAACCCACAGAGAAACACCUGUUUGCAACCGACGCCUCCAAGAUAAGAGAGAUCACCCUGCUCGUCUCCAGUUACGUCAACAGUGCUCAUCAGCAGAAGGCCGCCGCCCACCACCUCUCGGCCCCGGCCCUGAUGGCGGCGCAGCCUGUCAGUCUGAAGAGCAAAGAGCUGAGGAGCAAAUCCCCACCGCCGCUGGGACGUCCCGGCAAGACCCCCACGCUGCUGUGACGGCGUGGUGACUCAAACUGAGAAAUCUUUGCCGAGCCGCCUUUCACAUUUCAAGGACUCAUGCACAGCGGCACUGCCCGAUUCCAUCGUCCCGCAGAUCCUCUGGUCUCUAGUCAGAUCCUGGAGAUUUGUGUCUAACGGGCUGGGUUUACUUUUUGUAUGUGCAAUUGUUACUUCUCUUCCUUCUUGAAGUGAUAAGCGGGCAGUGAACCACUCACAGUAUUUGUUGUAAAAUAAAGGAUACGGAACGAUGAAAGCAGGAGGAAAGACAAAGUGCGGUGAAAAUGUUUGCAUUGCGCAGGUCCUGCUUGACAAGGCCAGUCGUUAAGACGUAAGAGGACACAAGCGUGGACCCUGUGAUCGGAGUUACUGAGUAGCCAGGAGAGCAGUUAAACCAUGCAAAUACCAGAAGCCUAUGAGUUUUUAAAAGGAAACGUAGCGUGACACCGGCUGGAAUAUAUUGUUUUAGAGGAACGUGGUAAGAGGAUGUAGCGGGUAUUUGUGGUCGGUGAAAAUGUAUAUUGGUUGCUAGGGUUCCCUAAAAUCGCGUGACACAUUUAGAAAGGAUCAGAUACUAGAACAGGCCUUUGUUACUCUUUUUACGUAACUUUCUUGAAAUGGAUUUCCUCUUCCAGUAGUCUCCAUACAGAUGUUAUGUCAUGAAUUUUAAACCGUUAAAUGCACUGGUUUCAGUUUAAAAAUAAAAUGGAGACCUGCAA